AUGCCCGAAGUCUAUAACAAAGCCUUCAUCCCCCUCGAAUCAAACCCCCAAGUCUUCAACGAACUCAUCGCCGCCCUCGGCGCCUCAUCCACCCUCCACUUCCAGGACAUCUUCACUCUCGACGACCCAACCUUCCUCCCUUCCAAACUCCUCGCCCUCGUUCUCAUCUUCCCUACAACACCGACCUAUGAAGCGCGCCUGACGGCCGAGGACGCCGGCGCAAAAGGUUGGAUGGUUGAACACGACGAAGAGGAUGAGGAUGCGGUGUGGUUCAAGCAGACUAUUAAUAAUGCGUGUGGGUUGUAUGCUGUCUUGCAUGCUUUAGCAAAUGGCCGCGCCAAGGACUUUCUGACGCCGGGGUCCUUGUUAGACAACCUCCUCUCCAUCACAGCGCCAAUGGACCCGGCACAAGCCGCCAUGGUGCUGGAAGGCUCACAGGAACUCGAGGAUGCGUACGCUGCUAUCGCGACAAAGGGCGACACGACAGCACCGCAGAGUGCCGAGGACGAAGUAUACUUUCACUACAUCUGCUUCGUCAAGUCACCAGAUACCGGCCAUCUCUACGAGUUGGAUGGAGAUAGAAAGGGCCCGGUGGACAGAGGCAUUCCCGACGAAGAGGAAAAGGUGGAUCUCGGACCAAAGUCCGUAGACAUUGUCAGAAAAUUCAUUCAGCAAGGGGGAGAGAACAUCGGGUUCAGUCUCUUGGCCUUGACUGAGGGGGCAUGA